GCAAGCUUGCGACUUUCGUAAAGAAUUUCCCACCAAAGUUUAAACAAUCAAAAUUCCCUGUUUUUAAAUCUUGUUCUUUUUGAUCGAUUGCUUUUGUGGGUCGUGUUUUUCGUGAUUUUGGGUUUUUGGGUGUGGAUUGAUUCCGGGUUUGUUGCAGAAAUUUCAAAAAUUUGGGUAUGGGGGUUUCGAUGAUUGGGAGUUCUCAGGCGCAGAUCCGGAGAACGGAAUUGGGGUACAGAGAUUUCAGGUUUUGCUUCGGGAAGAACGAUGAAAGGAAUAGGAUCUUGUCGAGAAAGACAAAUCAUGUUUGCUUUGUGGGUCAAAGUAACAGGUGGAGGAAUUCCAGGCUUCAAUUUGCUGUGAAAGUCAUGAAAGCUGAACCUGUUCUUGCAUCAAAACCUUCCAUCAGAUCCAAAUCCCUUGGUAGCUCUAGAUUAUUUGUUGGGUUGCCAUUGGAUGCGGUCUCAGAUUGCAAUACAAUAAAUCAUGCGCGAGCCAUUUCUGCUGGACUAAAAGCUUUGAAAUUGUUGGGAGUGGAAGGUGUUGAAAUGCCUGUGUGGUGGGGGAUAGUUGAGAAGGAAGUUAAUGGGGAGUACAACUGGUCUGGCUAUCUGGCUCUUGCAGAAAUGGUUCAGAAAGUUGGGCUCAAGCUCCAUGUAUCGCUCUGCUUCCAUGGAUCUAAGCAGCCAAAAAUCCCCCUACCCAAUUGGGUGACUCAGAUUGGUGCAUCCCAGCCUGAUCUGUUCUUUACUGAUCGAUCAGGGCAGCGUUACAAAGAUUGUCUAUCAUUGGCUGUUGAUGAUCUAGCCAUCCUUAAUGGCAAGACCCCAAUCCAAGUUUACCAGGAAUUUUGUGAGGGCUUUAAGUCUACAUUUUCAUCUUUCUUGGGUUCCACAAUCACAGGAAUCUCUGUGGGUCUUGGACCAGAUGGUGAGCUUCGAUACCCAUCACAGUCACACCACCAGCAAGCCAAAAAUAGCCGAAUCACUGGAGUUGGGGAGUUCCAGUGUUAUGACAGAAACAUGCUUAACUAUCUUAAGCAGCAUGCUGAAGCAACUGGAAACCCUUUAUGGGGAUUAGGUGGUCCUCAUGAUGCCCCAGGUUAUGAUCAAUCACCUAGUUCAAAUAACUUUUUCAAGGAUCAUGGUGGAUCUUGGGAAACUCCUUAUGGUGAAUUUUUCCUUUCCUGGUACUCAAGCCAGCUCAUAUCUCAUGGAAACCGUCUCCUCUCUCUUGCCUCUUCAACUUUCAGUGAUACUACAGCAAGCAUUUAUGGGAAAAUCCCCCUAAUGCACUUCUGGAACAGAACCAGGUCUCACCCUUCUGAAUUAACAGCUGGUUUCUACAAUACCAUCAACAGAGAUGGUUAUGAAGCAGUUGUAGAGAUGUUUGCAAGGAAUUCAUGUAAAAUGAUAUUGCCAGGGAUGGACUUGUCUGAUGAACACCAGCCACAUGAAUCCCUCUCCAGCCCUGAGUCAUUAAUUGCACAAAUCAGAACAGGAUGCAGAAAGCACAAGGUUGAGGUUUCAGGAGAGAACCUAGAUUCAAGGGCUCCAGGUGGAUACGAGCAGAUUAGAAAAAACAUUUUGGGUGAGAAUUUGGUAGAUUCGAUCACUUAUCAGAGAAUGGGAGCUUAUUUCUUCUCACCAGAACACUUUCCUUCAUUCACUGAGUUUGUCAGAAGUCUCAAUCAACAUGAAUUGCAUCCCGAUGAUCUGCCACAGGAAGAGGAAGUAACCAGCCAAAAUCUGAACUUGACUGCAGACUCGAGCAUGCACAUGCAAGCAGCAUAGAAAGAAUUCAGGGAUACAUGCCUUAUGUAAAUAAGCAUAAUUCUAGCAUGUAUGCCAUGUCAUGGUACUGGAAAAGAUUGGAUUAGGUAAAGCAUACUUUAGAAUAGCUGCCUUUCAAAAAUACAAUAGAAUAGGCAUGCAAUUAUUUUUGUAUUUUGAAAGUAGGGCCUAGGCAGUCUUGUUCUUGACUGCAGUUGUUGCUUAGUCUUGGAACUUAUACUUAUGAAAUGCAGCUUUGAGGGAGAUUUUAGAAUCAAAAGAUGAAUACAUGUCUUCAUUGAGCAGUUCCUGGAACAGUGUUGUUUGAAAUAACUUCCACUUGUAUAGGAGGCACUUAUAGCAAAUCUACAGAGCAAAAAAAUUCGUGUAAAUUAUGGGAGCAGGCAUUGGCAGAAGAAAACAAGGUUGUAGGUAGUGUUGUAAACAAGUUUAACAAGUAUUGGGGUUAUUGAGCUCAAAUCGAGCUUCAUCGACCUCAAAAUGGUGAAGUUUGAGCUUGAUAAGCAUACACACACAAGUCAUGAUCAACUUAUCAAGUUACGUGCAACAAGCUCAAUGAGCUUGAGCUCAAGUAGCCUGGGGGCUACCUGACUCUCAGACAAUCCUAGUUGCAAGCAUCAUAGCAAAGAAGCAUGAUAUGAUUUAUGUACUGUGAGUCUUCACAAGUGAAAACAUCUUUCUUACAGAUUUACAUGGCCGAAAUAGGAAGACAUUGAUCUCUUUAGAAAAGUAUAUUAUUUACAGAAGCGGAAGAAUAAAUGCAACAUAACUUAUUAGUCAACAAAUAAGUUCCACCCCAGAAACUCCUAUAAAUUCUCAUCUCUCUAGCAAAUGUGAACGAAUCAAAUCCAAGCUGAUGCAUCAAAGAAACCCUGAUUUUUUUUUUUACAGCUUGUCUCUCGCAGAAAACAUGGCACUUCAAGUUUACUGACAAAUCUUAUUGCACCAAUCCUCGAACUUUCCUGCCCCCUGACAA